AUGGCAUCCUAUAGCAAUACGGAGAGUGAGCUUAUGGAGCUGCUUCAGCUCAUGCGAAAACACAAGAAUCAGCCACGGCUGGCAUACAUCCUAGCCUCUUCUUCAGUGGAACACACAAAGGGAGAACUCUUGGCUGAUGUGCUCGACUUUGCAAGAGGAAUGCUCGAAAUGCACACUGACUCUGUCCAAUCAUGCACGUCGAUUUUGUUUUCAAACGCAAACAGCGGUAUCAAUGGAAGCGCUAGCAAAGCAACACGGAGACAGCCAUUAUCGCCAGCAGCGCGUCAGGAUACUCCCUACAAACGCAAAGAUGCAGUCAGUUCCACCAAGUCGCACCAGAAAAACAAAAUGGGGGAGAGCAAGGACGACGUACGAGUACUGGUCAAGCCAUCACUAGCACUGGUAGAUAAGAGAGAUGAUGAUGAGAAUCGUACUGUGGAUCCUCCAGUUGUUAUCAUCGCUGACAGCGCCGAAGAUCUACCCGACAAACCUGAAACAAUCUACACCAUGCAAGGGCAGUCAGAAGAGGCCACUCUUCUCAAGCCUCGUUAUAAGCAUAACCAUGAUAAGCAUAACAGUGAUAACAAGAAAGAUGGCAUCUUGGCAACCACGGAAAAAUCAAAAACUCGGAUCAGUUCAAUACAACAUGUAUCCUCUACGCCAAGAAGCUCCCCAGAAAAGAUUGGAAGCCCCAGGCAGACUGGUAGCCCUAGGCAGACUGGUACUCGCAGCAUUCAGAGGUUGUCGUCGCCUUCGUCAAGACUGGGGACCCCCACCACCACCACGACAAGGCUUCGAUACGAUCGCUACUCAUUUUCGCCGACCCGUGACACGGAUUCCAUGGACGUGCAUGCCCCAAGACAAAGAGAGUCUCGGUAUGGAACCACAAGUACGACCAAGCGAAUUCCCAUUGAGUUUACAGUCGGCAACACAACAACGACAACAUUGGUAUCCGAGACCCAGUCACAUACAUCAACACUCGCAACCAGACCAACUCCUACAAGAAGGCAGAGAUCGAUCGUUCCUCCUGAUCCUACUGCUGCUUCUCCAGUUCCUAUUACUUCUCCACUUGCAUCGCCUGCGAGCAGGAAGAAACAUGUAAUGAACAUUCAAGGCUACAAGUUGGAUAGCCCCGCAAGUCAAAAACGUGACACAAGGCUCGUUCAGAAUGACAGUUUCUCGGAUGCGACCAUCAUUCGUCAUGACGACAGAGCAAUACGUACCAGUACCACUUCGGCUGUCAUUGCAACGAUGAGAAUUGACGACAAUGACACAAGAAACAACUUACAAACUUUCACCGAGGAAAAAAUGGCACAACCCCCACCAGCUGUUCUUACACGAAGACCGAGUCCCAUUAGGCAAAGGAUCUCGCAAGAAGCCCCUAUGCAUACUCUAGAGGAACCAGUAGGCAUGUCGCCGCCACCAUCCAGUGUGAUAACGCGGCGACCAAGCCCAGGGAGGCAGAGGUUCACCAAUGAUACUGUCUCUAUCAACAAGAAGAAGACAGUUGCCACCACCAGCAUGGAAAACUUUGGCUUGCCACGGUCAACUGUGAUGUCGCCACCUCCGACGAAACUCACGACAUCCCUGGCGAAUACCAACCCCAGCAACAAGAAGCUGAAGGCACAGUCUCCGACCCAAAAACAGACUGCCACCACUACUACCGGUAUGACUGGAGAUACCGGCAGUGGUCGAAGACGAAGCUCUCCUACGAGUAGAAGACCAAGCUCUCCCACGAGUAGAAGGCCAAGCUCUCCCACGAGUAGAAGACCGAGCCCACCCAGCGGUGGUAAAUCGAGGUUCAGCUCCUCCUCCCCAUCACCGUCACCGCGAGGUAGGAAGAAACCAGAUGCUGCUUCAAAUUUGCAAGGUCUGUCUUCCGCAAGGCCGGAGAUGUCAGUGUCACCCACACCCAGGUCAGCACCAACACCCAGGCGGCGCAAUUGCCCCCAAAAGUUGGUACUCAGCAACCGACGCUGCUUAUUUGAUGGAACUUUGGCCACCAGCAGGCUCCAGCAUUCCAAAGGAUUGAAAAUAGAAACACUAGAAAAGAACAUUGUGUACUUGGGCCUGCAAGGUCUUAUCAGCGGGUCCAGUGGUGUCUUGCUACCGCAUUGCUUCUUUGGAUGGGAUGGGUGGGUAGAUCUACCCUAUGACCAGCAACAAACUUUCAAGUACUACGUCCGUGCGAAAAGCUCUUCCUUUCAGCAUUUCGCAGAGUGUCUGAAGCCGGCAGUACAGAGUCCUGGUGACAAAGGCAAGGCUGCUAUACCCAUCUUUUGGAGUGAUCCUUCUGAGAGUGCGUUUGAUCCGUACAGGUCGGCUAGAAGUGUUUUGAGCUUCUAUGUGGGUCACUAUCUUUUGACAAAUCUGGAAGAGUUUGAUCUAUGGCUCAACUACAAGGGCGUUUCUUGUCGUGCGGCUCUAACUUUUGCCUUUCAUCAUUGGGAUGAUGAUCUGGAGAAGAGAAUCGACUCGAUUUCUGAGAACUGA